UUAAAGUUGUCUAAAACUGAUAAAACUAAUACUUGUAUUCACUUCUAGCGGGUGUCGGUUCCCUUUGCGUCGGUCUUAUAUUUUUUUGCUCAAUAUUCGCCUCAAUAUUGACGGAUAGAUUCGGUAUACAGAAAGUAUGCUUUGUUGGCGGCCUACUGGCGACCGUAGGAAUGUACAUGAGCUCCCUGUCCACCAGUUUAUCGCAUCUAUACCUAACCUAUGGUGUCAUAUUAGGCCUGGGUGCAUCUUUAAUCUACGCCCCAUCACUUGUCAUAUUAGGUCACUAUUUCAAACGACGAUUGGGUUUAGUGAAUGGGUUGGUCACUGCGGGAAGUUCUGUCUUCACCGUAAUUAUGCCGAUAUUACUUAAAAUGUUGAUCGAAAGCAAAGGACUGCAAAGUACUCUUGAAUAUCUAUCACUACUCAUGUCGGCGCUCAUGAUCUGUGCCCUUACGUUCAAAGAGAAUAUCGCAUUCAAGAGCUCCGCCUGCAGUAGUGGUGACAUUGAAAAGUCGAAACCCAAAAGUGUGGCCAAGAAUAUAGUGAACGGUUCGCUGUUCCGCAACAAGUUAUACCUAUUCUGGUCGACAACAAUCCUCAUAUCACUCUUUGGAUACUUUGUACCGUUCUUUCAUUUAGUGAAACAUGCAAAUGAUGUCAACUCUGAAUUUAACGGCGAAAUACUGGUCACAUGUAUCGGUGCCUUCUCCUGUUUGGGCCGAUUCAUAACCGGACCCAUUGCUGACAUAUCGCGUGUCAAUCGCGUUGUUUUACAACAAAUAGCUUUCUUAUCAAUCGGUUUAUUAACAAUUCUCAUAACAGUUGCCAAUAGUUUUGGUCUGUUAUUGAUAUGCUGUGGUUUAGGACUGUUUGACGGCUGUUUCAUAUCACUUCUCGGACCCAUUGCUUUCGAUUUGGUUGGACCCGAGAAUGCAAGUCAAGCCAUUGGAUUACUCCUCUCUUUUUGCUCAUUGCCAUUGACUGUGGGCCCACCCAUAGCUGCCUAUAUAUACGAAAUCAAAGGCAAUUAUACGAUGGCGUUCGCAUUGGCCGGCAUUCCUCCACUGUUAGGGGCUUUCCUUAUGUUUUUCAUUAUUAAAUUUCAGAGAGAUUUGAGAAAUAGAGCUAAACAUUCGUACGAAGAAACCAAUGGCUUCAAGCCUAUCAACGGAGUUAAAUCAUCAACAAAUCAAUUGUGUGCAUCACUAGUCAGUAAUAAUAUCUAAAAUCACAAUAAACUAAUUUUUAUGCUAUCAAUUGGUAAACUGAGCGAACAUUUAACUCUAUAUACAUAAUAUAAUUUGUUGUAAAAUAUAUUAAAAAUCAAAACCGUACUCAAGUGCCAUAAAUAUAAUAUAAAAUUAUUUUUAAUGAAUUGUUAAAACGUUUCACGAGUCAAAUAAUGGG